AUGUCACAACCUACGCAGCCAGGGCCCCUGUUGGACCUCACUACAGAAAACAUUACGCCUAAUGCGGCUGACUACGCACCUGCACGACUUUGCCAGGGAGACGAGGUUGAGCACGACGGAGUGGAUGGCGGCGUUGGAUUUUCUGGUGAGGAAUUCAUCCUCCUGUCCGACGUACUUGGCUUGUCGUUGCUGGUUGACUCUAUCAACCAUCCUAAACCGCCUGCUUCAACAGAGGGAUCUAACCUCGGACCUUUCCACACCCACGACGCGCCAACCAUCGACUCUGGCAGCUCCAUGUCAUCUGAUCCAAAUGGCGAGCCCCUCCUUGUGCUUUGUACCGUUAGCGAUACAGCCGGGAAUCCUGUAUCCAAUGUCAAAGUGGACAUUUGGGAGACUGAUUCAUCGGGUCACUAUGAUGUGCAACGCGACCACCGGGAGGGUCCCACAGAGAGGUGCAUCAUUCGGAGCGACGCCAAGGGCAAAUUUUGGCUCAAGGCAGUCAGGCCCGUGAGUUAUGCCAUACCCGAUGACGGGCCGGUUGGGCGGUUGCUGAAGCUGCUGAAACGGCAUUGUUGGCGGCCGGCGCAUAUGCACUUUAUGUUUGAGAAGGAGGGCUGGGAUCAUUUGACCACGGCAUUGUACAUGCGUGGCGAUCCGUAUGAGACGAGCGACGCCGUGUUUGGUGUGAAGAGGAGCCUCAUUGUUGACCUGGAGAAAGUUGAUGCAGCCACGGCAGCUGAAUAUGGCGUGGAGGAGGGCACACUUCUCUUGAAGCACGAUUUUGUGCUUGUCACACAAAAGGAAGCCGAUGAGCUACGAGAUCGCAAUGCCAUCCGAGCGCUUCGAGAGUUGGGCUUGAAUAUGAAGCUGGUAGAUCACUUGCCAGUUCCUGACCUAGACUAG